GGCAAGAUGGCGGACCGCGAAGAGGCGUUGAGGGAGUUCGUGGCCGUGACCGGGGCCGAGGAGGAGCGGGCGCGCUUCUUCCUGGAGUCGGCGGGCGGGGAUCUGCAGAUUGCCCUGGCUAGUUUCUACGAAGAUGGUGGCGACGAAGACAUCAUGACGCUCCCCCAGCCCACCUCCAGUUCCGUGACGAGAGGCACCGCAGCCAGCGACCACAGGGUGACCUCCUUCCGUGAUCUCGUCCAUGCUCAGGAAGAGGAGGAGGAGGAGGAAGAAGGACAAAGGUUUUAUGCUGGUGGGUCCGAACGGAGCGGGCAGCAGAUUGUUGGCCCCCCAAGGAAGAAGAGUUCGAACGAGCUGGUGGAGGACCUGUUCCGGGGGGCCAAAGAACACGGGGCGGUGGCUGUCGACAGGACAGCUAAGAGCCCCGGGGAAGGCAGCAGGCCAAAGCCCUUCGCAGGAGGAGGGUACCGCUUGGGAGCUGCCCCCGAGGAAGAGUCCGCUUAUGUGGCGGGAGAAAUGAGGCCAAACGCUGCCCAGGAUGUGAGUAUUUCAGGCACUGCCCCCCAAGUGAUGGGGUCCAGCUCGCCCUCGCAGGAGGCGGAGAACGAAGCCAAAGCCCGUUCCUUGAUCACCAUCGACGAGACGGAGCCCACCACCAACAUCCAGAUCCGGCUGGCAGACGGAGGGCGUCUCGUACAGAAAUUCAACCACAGUCACAGGAUCCGUGACAUCCGGCUGUUCAUCGUGGACGCCCGGCCGGCUAUGGCGGCCACGGGCUUCGUCCUCAUGACCACCUUUCCCAACAAGGAGCUUUCGGACGAGGACCAGACCCUGAAGGACGCCAACCUCCUGAACGCCGUCAUCGUCCAGCGGUUCGUAUAAGGGGAAGCCGCCCGCCGGUCCACAUCGCGUCAUUCUCUCUGUCUUCGCGUGGUUCACCGCCUCCGCCCCCACCGCCGUGGAAAGGCGGCCACCCAGUGAUCACGCCAGUUUUCCACCUCUCGGGUUGCGAAUUCCCCUAUUUGGGUUUCUUCUCGCUUUAAUUUUUU